UUGUUCCUGUACGGACAUCGUCCAGUAGGACAUGAAUGGCUGAAGAGAGGCGCUUAAAAAUUGAGCUACUGUAUCAAAGAUGUCAGGACUGUCAAAAAAAGAGCGUGCUGGAUGUAAAAAGAUACUGAACUUAAUGUCAAAUGACGACCUGCUUUCACUUAGUGACACGGUUACGAAUAAGAUGAUAGUCGUGGAGAAUAUUACAGAGGCGACAGAGACAAUUUUGUCCUUCACUAAAAAUGCUGAGGAGCUCCUGAGAAGAAAGAAAGUUUAUCGUGACCUCAUAUUCAAGUACCUGGCCAAAGAAGGGGUGGUGAUGCCCCCGAGCAGCGAGAAACACCAGCUGGUGAAGAGGACGCUGGAGCUGUGGUCCUCUGGGAAGGUGGUGGUUGAUAAAAGCCUUCCAGGAGAGACAGAUGACAACAGAAAGAGAAAGUCCACAGAAACAGCAUCUGUCUCCACGGACAUGAAGACUGAGGCCAGCUUUGACCCGCUGGUCCUUGGACAACAGUUCUGCCAGUGGUUCUUCCAGCUCUUGAAUAGUCAGAAUCCCUCACUGGGCCAGCAACCUCAGGACUGGGGACCAAAGCACUUCUGGCCAGAUGUGAAGUUGCACCUCCUCUCCAGAGCCGGCAGCGAACAGUCAGAGGAGUUCCUGGGUGCUGAACUGGUUAGCCUUCGUCUCCUGGCCUUGACCAAGGAAGAGCGCCUCCUUCUCAGCCCCAACCUGGAGCCUCGGGGCCUCAAGGCGCUGGCCUCCCCACACGGCCUGGUGCUGGUGGCCGUGGCUGGGACCAUCCACAGAGAUACAGCUUGUCUGGGUAUCUUUGAGCAAAUAUUUGGCCUCAUCCGCUCCCCACUGGAGAAAAACAGCUGGAAGAUCAAGUUUGUCAACCUGAAGAUCAGAGGGCAGGAUGCUCUGGGCGGGUCACAGAUGGAAGCACCCGCCUUGAGUUACAACUCUAGUGAACUGCAGCUUCUCUGCAGUUGAUGACAUUCAAGAUACUUUUUUUUAAAAAACAUUAUUCACCCAGGAAAGGCUUGACUGGGUAUGCUCUGUGUUUACUCAUUACUCAUUUAACCUGCCCAAACACAUUUGUCUUCAGAGAUCGGAACUUGCAACUUUACUGGCAGAAACCCUUCUUAUUCGCUACAGGUAGGUGGACACUCCUGCAUCUGAAUGUAUUGGGACAUCAUUGAUGUAAUUUAAAAAGAUAAGGGUUUUUCAGAUUUCUGCUGCUUCCUGUUCUGGAAACCUUUUUCUUCAGAUAUACUGUCUGUACCUUGAUGCAAAGCCUGUUGUGUUUUGGUAGCCUGUGCCUUAUGUAAAAACAAACAUGCAUAUGCUUCUGUAAAUAUGUAACAUAUGAAAGAUUAUAUAUAACACUCGUGCACACGUGUGCAGUAUAAUGACAAUUGGGUCACUUCUGGGAUACAGAAGAAAUGUUGUGUGUGUUCGUAUGACAAUGAAAAGUCAAUUAAAAUUGAUUUUGAACACAAGUUAA